CGUGACGGUGGAUUCAUCCAGGCGAAUGUACGUGUUUGAAUGACUUUUAAAGGAUGAUCUGAGUGUGUGCCUCCUGCGCUGGACCUGCGGACCUUCUCCAACUGCAGAGGAGCAGACCGCAGCCAUGGACCUCACCUCGAACGACAGCGACUUUUGGCACCUGAACGAUUCCUGGCGCAACGCGAGUCCGCUGAACGGAACGGCUGGCAACCAGACGAACCCCCUGAAGCGCAACGAGGAGGUGGCCAAAGUGGAGGUGACGGUGCUGGCUCUGGUGCUGCUGCUGGCGCUGGCCGGGAACCUGUGCGUCCUGCUGGCCGUGCGCACCGCCAAACACAGCCAGUCCCGCAUGUACUACUUCAUGAAGCACCUGAGCAUCGCUGACCUGGUGGUGGCCGUGUUUCAAGUUCUCCCCCAACUUAUCUGGGACAUCACUUUCCGCUUCUACGGACCGGACCUGCUGUGCAGGCUGGUGAAGUACCUGCAGGUGGUGGGCAUGUUCGCCUCCACCUACAUGCUGGUGCUGAUGUCCGUGGACAGAUGUCUGGCCAUCUGCCAGCCUCUGCGCUCCUUGCACCGCAGGAAGGACCGCGUCUACGUGGUGUGCUCGUGGGCUCUCAGUCUGCUCUUCAGCGUCCCGCAAAUGUUCAUCUUCUCCCUCAGAGAGGUGGGCGCGUCCGGCUCGGGGGUCUACGACUGCUGGGCUGACUUCCUGACGCCCUGGGGCGCCAAAGCCUACAUCACCUGGAUCAGCCUCACCAUCUACAUCAUCCCCGUGGCCAUCCUCAGCAUCUGCUACGGGCUGAUCAGUUUCAAAAUCUGGCAGAACUUUAAGCUCAAGACCCGCAGGGAGCAGUGCCUCAGCCUCACGCCCAAGACCUCCAAAGGCAACUCGCUGGCGCGGGUGAGCAGCGUCAAGCUCAUCUCCAAAGCCAAAAUCACCACCGUGAAAAUGACUUUCGUCAUAGUGGUCGUCUACGUCAUCUGCUGGACCCCCUUCUUCUCGGUCCAAAUGUGGUCUGCGUGGGAUCCAGCUGCGCCGCGGGAGGCCAUGCCCUUCAUCAUCUCCAUGCUCCUGGCCAGCCUCAACAGCUGCUGCAACCCCUGGAUCUACAUGUGCUUCGCCGGCCACCUUUUCCAGGAUCUCCGGCAGAGUUUUCUCUGCUGUUCCGCUCGCUACCUCAAGUCGUCCCAGUGCCGGUGCGAGCGUGAGUUUGACUCCAGCCACAAGAGCAACUCUUCCACCUUUGCUUUCAAGACCUCCAGCAGUCAGCGGAGCGUCACACAGACUUCCACCACAUGAUCGCUGCGACGGCCGAAGUUCAACCCUUCAGGAUUCAAAUCCAUUAAACUGUGGAACAAAAAUGAUUGUACAUUUGGGUGCAAUAUUUUAUGAUAAGGACCAAGUUGAUAACAAACAAUUUGUGUUGGAUGU